AUGUGGCCAGGGGAAAGGGAGGAACGGGAGAGAGUGCGCCCGGAGUUGCGGGUGGCCGGGGCGCGGGGCACGGGGCGCGCAGCGUGGGCGGCUGCAGCCGCGGCUCACAAGGUGGCCGCAAGCUACAAGCCGUCCAAGUUUGACAAAAAGAUCCUCCUCUGGACCGGCCGCUUCAAGACGGAAGAUGAGAUUCCUCCGAGGAUCCCGCCGGAGAUGCUAGACAGGGCCCGGAACAAAGCUCGCGUCAAGGCCUGUUACAUAAUGAUCGGCCUCUCCAUCGUCGCCUGCUUCGCUGUGAUCGCUUCGGCUAAGAAGGCAGCCGCGCGCCACGAGUCCCUCACGAGCUGGAACCUGGCCAAGAAGGCCAAGUGGCGCCAGGAGGCGGCGCUGGCAGCCGAGUCCAAGGACAAGUAGCUCUGCCGGCAGCUCCAGAGCCCGCGUUGAAACCCCUCCAUUGGAGCCUCCUGCUGUUGAAACACAAACUGCUGUUGACUUUCAUCCACCUGAGGUGCAAUACUGGAAUCCUCUUCUUCGACACCAAAGUAAUGUUCUAUGAGUUCAAAAGCCUUCUGGUAGAUCUCUUGGUUUUCAUGUCUCUGAAGAAACUCAAUUUUAUCAAGUCCUAAAUUAAAAACAGAACUUUUUUCAAAAUCUAGUUACUUCUAAAGACUCAAAGAAUAAUGAAACAGCUUGUAAUAGAAAACCUUAGUGGUACUUCUCAAACUAAAAAAACAAACCGUAAGCCAUCUGAUUUCAGUCACUAUCCCUCACAAUCCUCACAAAAAAGUGUUUUUCCCUUCCAUGGCUAUUCAGAAACUAAUACUCAUUUUUCGUUUUUCUGCACAAAGUGUGCCUAAUUAAGACAGAUUAUUGAAUUUAGUAUUUCCAGACUCUAACUUUAAGGAUUGUAUUAAAAGGAUACUAACAUGAGUAAAGAGCUGUGAGACGCAAAAGAAAUACACCAUGUCUGUCUCUAGGGAAAGACAUUAUCUGUAGAUUUAAAAUCAGAACAGUAUAAAAUUGCUUGCUAGAGUAACUUCUUGUAUCCUCAUUUCUUUUGAUACAAGGGGUUUAAUUUUAAGCUUCAAGUAGUUCUAUCCCCUCAUUCAUCACUGGCUGCAGUCUUUUUCCUGGAGGUUUCUUGUUUUCAAUUUUAUUUGUAUUUUCAAAUUUACAUUCCAAGUUUUCAAAUUUGGAGGGCAUCACCUACACAACUCUGCCCCAGCAGAGCACCAUGCAAGUCUCUGUUCCCCCAGGCCCUCUACUUUUAGCAGAGUCAGUCAGGUUAAACGGCUGACUGGGAGGUCUGAGCUGAGACAAAGCAGCUCUCCCCUGAGCUGGCCUAGGAAGGUCUCCUCUGGUCACUCGAGGAUCCGAAGGCGGGCGACGCCAGAAGCCAGCGCAGCUGGUUCCCCGGACUAACUACUGCCAAAGUCAUCAAGUACAACAGGAAAUGGGAACCUCUGCUGCUCUGUGACAACCUUCGCAUCUCUGCAGCAGCAUUAACUUCUCUCAGAGGGUGUUACCCCCUCAAAAGCACCCUAAACCCAAUCAUGGAAAUUCUUUCCACUUUCAAAGAUCUCAAGUCUCUUCAUAGUUAAGUUACAUUAAACUACUAAACAUGUGUUCAUCUUCCAAGUUAGAUGGCAAAGUAGGUUUGCUAAUGCACAGAAUCAUAUUUCAUUUUAGAAAUGUAACUAAAAAUGUUACUAAAAAGCUAAAAAAUCCCUUUGAAAAGGUAUUCAAAUUUAAUGACCAUCUUACAGAAAAGUUAUUAGUAUUUAAUCGGAUAUAAUAUAGCCAGCCAGACCUAUAUACAGUUUCUGAAACAAAAAGGCCUGUCAAUUUUCUCUUCUUAGAAAGAGAAUGAAAAAAAGGAGCCUCCACAAAUAAUGACAGGUUCAGUUUUAAUAUUUUGUCAAAUCAAAAGCAUCCAGUUGGAGUUUCACAAAUAUAUUUUUAACCUUGAUACUCUGAUGUUUAAAAGUAGUUGAAUUCAAAUUUCUUAAAAGCAGAAGCAAGUAUUUUCAGAAGUAACUAUAAUCUACUUCAUAUCACGAUCUGAGGUAGAUUCUUGCUAUUAUUGGUAUUUGGCAUGCUAAGAAAUGAUCAACUUUGAGAAUAAAAGAAACAAAUAGCACCACCUCCACCACCAAAAAAAAAAACCCCACCAAGCAAGCAAAGAGAAGUCCCAGUUAGUAUCUAAAAUAAAGUUAUAGAUCAAAAGAACUAAGACAAACUCUGAUCUUGCAUCCUAUCUGUAACAAAACUGUAUGCAAUAGGUGCAUAUAUUAAUAAACAUUUUACAAUUGAGGGUAAAAUUGUGCAAUAUGAUAUCUGUGCAUUAAAUGCUUCUGA